UCCCAGGCGGGAGCAGAACAGGCGGCGCCAGGCGGCCGCGGAGCCAUGGACGGCAGCGGGCCCUUCAGCUGCCCCAUCUGCCUCGAGCCGCUUCGGGAGCCGGUGACGCUGCCCUGCGGCCACAACUUCUGCCUCGCCUGCCUGGGCGCUCUCUGGCCGCACCGCAGCGCAGGAGGCACUGGCGGUUCCGGAGGCGCAGCCCGCUGCCCUCUGUGCCAGGAACCUUUCCCCGACGGCCUGCAGCUCCGCAAGAACCACACACUGUCCGAGCUGCUGCAGCUACGCCAGGGCUCGGGCCCCGCCAUGCCCUCCCCGGCCCCAGCCCCUGCACGGCGCCCGACGCCGGAGCCCUCAGCGCCCAGCGCUCAGCCAAGCGCUCCGGAACCGUCUGCUCCGUGCGAACCGGAGCCCUGGCCCGCCGGGGAAGACGUCCCGUCCCGCUACCUCCCGCCCCCAGUUUCCUUUGGCCUCUUGCCGGGUCCAGACGCCUCUGGCCUUGGGAUUUUCCGUCUCUCCUGCCUGGAGCAGUGA